AUGCACGUCUCCAAGCUCGCCCCCGCCGCGGCCGUCCUCGCUGCCCUCUCAGGCGUCGAGGCAGGCCCCACCGCCCUCUCAAGCGUCGAGGCAAGCUCUACCGCACUCUCAGGCGUCAAGGCAAGCUCCACUGCCCUCUCAAGCGUCGAGGCAAGCUCCACCACACUCUCAAGCGUCAAGGCAAGCUCCACCGCCACCGCCCUCUCACGCGUCGAGGCAGACCCCAUCGCCUACGGCCUCUGCCAAACCGGGUGCAACGCCGUCGCUGUAUCGUGCUACGCCGCCGCGGGCUUCACGUUCGGGACCGUCAUCGCGACGCCCGAGGCCCCCGCCGCCGUCCUCGCGUGCAACGCCGCCCUCGGCGCCUGCUCUGCGACUUGUGCGACAGGGCUGGUCGCGCCCACCUCGUGA